UCUUGUAUGUACACAUGCGAUAAUUUCCAGCGAGUCGAUGAUCGAGUCGAAUCAAGGCGCAAGUCACGUGACGUUGUAAAUGAAAUGGCGACUGAUUAGUGAUAAUUGUUCACUUCUUCUUUACCGACGGAGCAGUAGUUUUUCAAAUUGAGAUUGAACGAAGGAAAACAUAACUUGAAUAAAGUUUGUAAACUUCAAGAACCCGGCGCUAGAACAUCGUCGAACAUGUCAGACGAGGAAGUUAUACGACGUCGGCUGCUCAUAGAUGGAGAUGGAACGGGCGACGAUCGACGGAUAAACGUUCUGUUGAAGUCGUUUUUAAAAUGGGCCAACGCUCCAGAUCCAGACAAUACUGUGCACGAAAGAAUGCUGUCACAGCUAGCCCAGUGUGAAUUCGCACAAAAAAAAUCUCGUCUCGUAGCGAACAUGAGUCAGGAGGAGUUGAAGAAUUAUGAAAGGAUGUCAAAAGAUAUAGGUAUUCAGAUUGAAGAAGCUAAAAAAGAAAUUGAGAAAACUAAGGUCGAGCUACAAGACGCUAAACGUGUUCGUAAAAAUAGAAUCGAGUAUGAUGUUUUGGCCAAAGUUAUUAGCGAACAGCCUGAUAGACUUGAGACAGAUGUGAAGCUUGCCACUUUGCGUAAAGAAUUGGGAACCUUAAAGGAAAAAUCUGAACAAUUGGAGCAUAAGCUAGAAAUGCGAAGAAAACAAUUCCAUGUACUAAUAUCGUCGAUUCAUUCGCUACAAGGAAUGUUGGACGAGUCUGAUGAAGAAAUAAUGGACGUUAGUCUUGAGAAUUACGAGGAUGUGGAUGUGUCCAUGUCUCCAAAAGCUGCAGCUUGGUAAAUGUUUAAAAUUUUCCUCCAUAGCAUUUUGCAAUAAUAGAUUAUUGCAGAAAAGUAAUUGAGAAAU